CCCGUGAACACGCUCCGUGUUACCAAGCGGGCAGCGAUGGGCGAAGGGGGCGUGGCCUCUGCAUGCAAAUGAGCCACGCCCCCAAUCGCCUUUCCCCCGUGAGCGGUGACGUCACACGAGCGGCCCGUGUUGGUUCCAGCUGACUGGCAGAGAGAGAGAGGGAGAGAGCUUCAGAAAGAGAGAGAGAGAGAGAAAGGGAGGGAGGGAGAGAGGGAGGAAAAUAAGAGCCAUCAGUCUCAUCUAUCUGACUCUCAUACUACUGGAUAUUAUUAUUUUUUUCGGGGGGGAUCUCUUUAUUUCCUUCAUCUUUAUAUUUUUUCGCUCAUAUUUAAUCACAAGUUAUUUUGUUUUUUCUUAUCUUCGCUUCGCCUCUACUGUUUCUAAUCCUCCCUCUCUACUCUCUGCAUGGGACUACACAGCCAUCCGCGUUUCUAUCUGCUUUUAUUUUAUUUUUCCUCUCUGGAAUAAAAAGCCGAGCCGAAUCAGCGACCCGGACCGGAGCGGACCGGACCGGAGCGGACUGUGAGUUUGUCAAAACAAACAAGAAAAGAGAAGCGGACUUCUCCUCCUUCUUCUUCUCCUUCUCCUUCUUCUUGAGUCGCUCCAGGAUCCAAUCUGUCUUCCUGUGUGCGUGCAUCACUAGUUUAAAAGAGGUGACAGCAACUCGUGAGAGGAUGAAUUGGACUCUGUGAACAUGGUGCCAUUUUGGAGAUAAGUCCCCCCUCUUUUUAUUUUUUAAAAUAUUUUUUUUCUUCAUGGGACGGGCGCACCAGCGGGACAUCAGGUGGAGAUCUUGAGCGCGUCACCUUUUGACGGCGCGCCUGUCAAUUAGUGUCGCUAAUUGGAUUAUUUUGAUCUUGAACUUAGAAGUCUGCAGGUUGCUCCUCUCCACCACCUUCUCCCCUUCACCUCCCACCUCCCACCUCCUCCUUCUGCCUUGGAAGUUAUGUCAAGGCCUCUUACUCAGCUCCUGCCGCCGGAUCUCCCUGCCGGGGCCACCAGCCCCCAGUUCGGGGCCAGUAACCCGGCUGGAAGUGGCCCCCAAAGCGGACACCUGACCUCCAUGACCAACCUGAAGUCGCUGCUCCAGCUGCCAAUCAAAGCCGACCAGAGAGGCCCCAAGGACUGCUGCGAGAUGAAAGACAAAGACAAACUGGUGGACUCUGAUGAAGACUCUCAGGGCGUCAACGCCGGAGGCCCCGGUGGCGUCGGAGGGACCCCCGGCUCCGGCUCCUUGAGGCCCAACUCGCAGUCGGCGUUCCUGGGCCCGCUGCUGUGGGAGCGGACCCUGCCCUGCGACGGAGGCCUGUUCCAGCUGCAGUACAUGGACCUGGAGGAGUUCCUGACCGAGAACGGGAUGGGGCUGCACAGCAACGGGCCGAGCUCCACCAGCGCCCAGAUCCCCUCUCAGAGCUCCCAGUCGGCGGUGCCCAACCAGAGCUCCCAGUGCCCCCCCAGCUCUCCUCCGCCCUGCUCCUCCUCUUCCUCCUCCAUGUCCUCCUCAUCUUCCUCCUCCUCGCUGCUGGGACUGGAGACCGUCCAGCCGCAGCCGCCGCCGCUGCCACUGCCACCUCAGCAGCAGCAGCAAGGCAUGAUGGGAGGACCCGAGUGUCAACAUGGUGGUCGGGCGGUGCCUCAGGACCAGUCACCCACCUCCACCUGCCCUCCGGGACCCUCCGGACCUCCGACGGCCGCCAACGGCAACAGCGACAUCAUGGUGAACUUUGACCCCGACCCGGCGGACCUGGCGCUGUCCAGCGUGCCGGGCCAGGAGGCGUUCGACCCGCGGCGGCACCGCUUCUCCGACGAGGAGCUGAAACCUCAGCCGAUGAUCAAGAAGGCCCGCAAGAUGCUGGUCCCCAAUGAGCAGAAGGACGACAAGUACUGGAGCCGGCGCGUCAAGAACAACGAGGCGGCCAAGCGCUCGCGGGACGCCCGGCGGCUGAAGGAGAACCAGAUCUCGGUGCGCGCCGCCUUCCUGGAGCGGGAGAACGCCGCGCUGCGCCAGGAGGUGGCCGACAUGAGGAAAGAGCUGGGCCGCUGCAGGAACAUCAUCAACAAGUACGAGAGUCGGCACGGAGACUUGUGAGGCGGAGGAAGACGGCGGACGGAGACGGCGGAGGAAAAAGGCGGGGAGGGGAGAGGAGAGAAUGAGAAAAGGGUACAAGGCAAACCCAACAACAGCAGCACUUUAGUUGAAGUGGCGAGGGGGGGACGGCCGGCGUAGAUCUGCAGUAAGCGCUGUGCGACACCGGGCGCAAACACCUAAAGGUGCACGCUCGCUGUGCUUCAGGACGCCACGACAGGAAAGCACAGCGACGCCACCUUUUUCCAGUCUGACUCUUCUUUGUACAUGCUGCUUCGCUGAACCCACUAACCCCGUACUGUAUCACCGUGUGUGUGUCACAUCGGCAGCUUAACGUCACCCUCUCGGUGCUGUGCUUACGCCCGGUGUCGCACGGCAUUUUUGCAGGUAGUGCGUCGCAAAAGCCCGCUGCUCCGGCCAGUUCAAACAGGGUGUUGAUUCACAUUAUGCCAGUGAAAUCUCACUUUUUAAGCUCAAGGCACGGAUCCAAGCCAGGGGAGGUCAGAUGUGUAAUUUUUUUCUAUAAAUAGGACAAAAAAAACAUGUAUAUUUUUGAGGAAGGCAAGACUAGUCCAGCAAAGAGGAGGAGAAGAGGAGGAGGAGGAGGAGGGGAGGUGCAUGGUUUUCGUCCAUAACGCAAAGAGAUUUUGACAUAGGAUUAUUGUAUAUUUUUCUAUUAGCAGAGAUAGUCAGGAGGAGGAUUUUGGAGAUAAUCUUUUGUAUAUUUUAUAUAUGGGGCGGGGAGGGGCUGUUAGCUGGACAGUCACGGGGCCACACGAAAACGCUUUUUCCUCCCAGCUGUUUAUCGCUAAAUAAAAAACAACAACAACAACAGAUAAUCUAUUUUCGAUUUCACUGAGCUGGGUUAGUCGGAGGCGGAGCCGCAACGGAGAAUGUAUCACGGUUGAAUCAGGUAUUUUACACGGUGCGAGACGAGGCGGGGAAUCUUAGUAAGAGAGAGAAAAAGAGAGAGAAAGAGAGAGAAAGAGGGAAGACGGUGAAACAAAAAUUGUAUAGUUUUAAAGAAAUUUUUGUGUUCGUUUGUUUUCGUUCGUGGGCUCGUUCAAGCACUUGAUUUGUUAUCUUCUAUUUGAUUCCGUGUCUGAUUUUUCUGAAAUAAUCGCAGGGCUUUUAUUUGUGUGAAGGUGAAGGAGAGAGAGAGAGAGAGAGAAAAAGAGAGAGAGAGAACAGGAAUUAAUUAGCCAUCAGAACAGCUGGAUGUGAGCAGAUGUCUGAAAAUAACUAAGGUGGAGAAUUUCGCUGGCAGGUUUGCAUUUACUUUUGUCGAGAACGGGUCCUGCUCACACACUUAUACACACAAAGACACACAAACACACUCAGCGAAAGACAAUUAACAACAACACAAUGUGGUUGCAGUCUUUCUCUCUCUGUUUACUCAUCGAUUUCUCCAGGAUGCGCAAAAAUGAAACUGGUUCCGGGUUGAUUUGCCCAGAUCGAACAGUGACUGAAACCUUCAGCAUGCACACACACACACACACACACACACACACACGCAAACAAACAAUCCUCACCCAGGUUUUAACCCUUAUUGUUGUUGUUGAUGUUGUUAUGGACUUCUAUGGUGCUGAUCUGAUCUGAUCCUUCACCUGACUCACACACACACACACACACACACACACACAUGCAAACACCUCCACCAUCUCAGACACAGUACUGAACUGCCUAUACCCUUUCUUUGUCUUUUAUUCCUUCUUUUUAGUUUAUUUUUUUCUUUAUUUUGUUGCAUAUUGUAUCGAUAAAUCGUAUAUAGAUUUACACACAAACACUUGUCUAUACCUCUCCUUCAAACUUUACCCAAUGAGAAAUGAGAAAUGCACCCUACUGCUACUGUACCAUACAACUGUACUAUUGAAUAUUAAACUAUUCUCU